AGGCUAUUGGAUACAGUACAAUGAAAGUCCUAUUCAUGUUACGAAUGUGUAACUAUCCCGAGCCUAAGUUAGCCUCCCAAGCUAUAUUAUGAGAAUGUUUCUCCAAGGCAGGCGCUAAGGUUGGUGGAAGGAACUCAUUUCUUAAAUGAACUAUAAAGAGUAGGCUGCCUUUUAUUUUAACAGAUAGCCUAUAUUCUUAGGGCAGGCUCGACCCUUGAGAUUUUUAAUGGCUACUUUUCACCACCUCGGAAAAAAAUUGGAUUAUCUUUAUUGCAUGGCGCGACUGGCGGUACAUGCCACCCAGAUUGAUUUGGCAUAACAGCCACAAUUUGCUCCAUAUGAUGAAUUCGCUCUUCCAACUUUUUUGUCUGAACUCACAACAGCAGGGGAGGGGGCGCAUCUUUUUGAAUAGAGUCAAGCGCAUCGUUUAGACUAGAUUCCAUUAAAGGCGGGACCGGAAGAACGCUAAGGGGCUGAUCUGCCCUUAGAUGCAAAGAGAGCUAUGGAACUUAAGCAACAAUGGGCAAGGAAAAGAAAUGAAGUCCCCGCCCAAUUUAUAGGAGAGGGGGGGGGGAAUGGGCAGCGUAGCAGCAAGGCAUCUGCAUAUGUUGUUCACUUCGAUGAUCUCGUUGAGGUCAAGGUCUCUGUGACCUUAGUGCUUCCGUGUAUGGUUGAGUACCACAUACCUUGUCGUACUGAGGUCAUGGAGAAGGUAGUUGAUUGCAAGGGGAGCUACUUCCUGUGGCCAAAGUCAUUGGUGGGCCUUAGAAAAGCCCUAGUCCCACCCCUCGCCAGGGCAUUGUUUCGUCAAGCAAACAUUCUCCCAUUAUCGACAAUCACCCCACUCCUCCCAGCUCUCCCAUUUAGGACAUUGUUGAGUGAAGUCCUGCGUACUGCGAGUUCUCCCAUCCUCCAAGAGCUUCAUGAUCCGGAGGAGGUCGAGAGGGAGAGACAGGCCAUCGCUAGGCGCUGGGCGGAGGAGAUUGCUUGGAAUAAUCGGGCGAAUGGGGACCGAACCAGGGCUAUGAGUCAAGUCAUAGGCAACGGAAACGAAAACCCGCGGGUGACAGUUUUUGAAAGGAUAUCUCACCAGAGGGCUCACGUUAGUGAGAGGCUGGGGAAGAAUCCGGACAAAGCACCCCAAGGUUGGGUACGACCCCAGGCCAGCCAAAUGGCAUCCUCCAACCGCGAACCUCGGCAACGAGCCGGCCGCGGUGGGAGCCAAGCGCCUAUACGGUCAUUGGUGGUCUUGGACGAGGAGAAGUUCAAAGCCAAGUCAGGGUCCCAGCACCGCAACGUCUGGGGCCACCAGAUCCAGGAGAUGCAGAGGAAGAUAAACAGGGGACGAGUAUUCACUACCCGGACGAAUACUUCGCUCGCCCCGGAGAUCUUUGCGGAACCAUAUCCGCAGAGAUUCAAUAUGCCGUUUGUUAAGUGUUAUGAUGGGGAAUCGGAUCCCCAAGAACACAUAAAUAGCUAUGUCCAGGUGAUGUGCCGAUGCUUCUUGCAAACAGUGGAUAGCAAGGUUGCGGAUUGGGUGAAUCACAUUCCUGCCGGAUCGAUCCAGACAUGGGAUGAAUUGGGAUUGCGGUUCCUGGAACAUUUUGCAGGGAACUGCCGUCCUAAGAAGCAUUUCACUCACUUGGCUUCAGUGCGGCAGAAGCACGGGGAAUCCUUGAAGAAUUUCCUAACCCGAUGGAGAAAAGAGCUGAUCCGCCAGGGCCAUCUGAAGAAGUUCGUUCAAGAUGGGGACGGGGGAAAUCCCAGGAAUGCUCAGAAUGGGAAGCGUAGAGAUGGGCAAGUGGCCCAGGCCGAAGCCCGGGAGAAGCGCCACAUCGGGCUUGAAGAUGAAGAGGAAGAUUCAGAGGCCGCACCACACCGCCAGAAGAGACACCACGGGUGUAAUUUCAUCAUUGGUGGGAAUACUAGCGGAGACUCGGCCACAAGCUGGAAGAAGUGGGCCAACACGGCGAUAGUCAAUAAGGUGGUGGCCCCGGAAGGUAAGAAGCUGAAAACUGAGCCGAUUGUAUUUUCUAAUGCUGAUUUGCCAGAAAUAGGUGUCCCCCAUAGGGACGCCCUGGUGAUUACGAUCGAUAUAAUGGACUUACUGAUCCACAAGACUCUGGUGGAUACGGGAAGUUCCGUUAACAUCAUGUAUAUGGAUACUUACAAGGCUCUUGGUUUGACAAGAGAUGAGUUGUUGCCCAUUAAGACUCCUCUGACCGGGUUCAGAGGCGACUCUAUUGAACCGGAGGGGGUAAUAACCCUCCCGGUCGAGAUAGGGGAUACUAAGGCCACCCGGAAGUUGGACAUGGAGUUCAUUAUAGUGGGGAUAAUCUCCAAUACCAACAUCAUUCUGGGUAGACCCGGAUUAGAAGAUUUGGAGUGUGUCAUCUCACCUCAUCACCUAUGCAUAAAGUUCCCAACUCCCCAUGGAGUUGGAAUUGCCAGGGGAUCCCAGAGGGUGUACCGGGCGUGGUAUUUGAAGGCAACUAAACAGCCUAUCAAAUACGACACCCAAGUGGGGGAGGUGACCACACAGCUGUUAAGGGCUGAGGAGAGACGUCCCAGAGUAGAAGUUGCAUGCGACAUUGAGGAGGUUGAACUGGAGCCGGGCACGCCGGGAAGGUUGGUCAGAAUUGGAAAGGACCUGGGGGAUGAACUCAGGUCGUGGGUGAUCUCUGUUCUUAGGAGGUUUAGGAAGGUCUUUGCAUGGAGUCCAGCUGAUAUGCCAGGACUGGAUCACAAGAUUGCAGUCCAUCGCCUCAAUGUAUUGCGGGAUGCUAAACCGGAAGAAAGAAUGAAGAGAUAUCGAGAUUUGUCUUUGGAAAUGUUGGGAAGGUUCGAGUUUAAGCUUGAACACAUACCCCGAGCACACAAUGCGGAAGUUGAUGUUCUGUCCAAGCUUAGCGCAGAAUCACCAGAAUAUAUAAGCAAAUUAGCAACGGUGGAAGAGUUGGCAACCCCGAGUCUCAACAGGGACGACGUGCUCUGGGUAUCAGCUGAUCUUCCAGAAUGGUUAGACAAGUUGGCCAGAUACAUUGAGGACGGCGUAGCCCCAGAAGAUUCCCAAGAAGCACGUUUGCUGCGAAUGAGGGCACCCACCUACAAGGUGCAGGAUGGAAUCCUUUAUAAGCGGUCUUACAAUGGUGUUUUACUCUGCUGUCUUAGGUUAGCUGAGGCAAAAGCGCUUGUGGAAGAAAUACAUGAAGUAGUAUGUGCCGCACAUCAAGGCUCAUACUCUAUAUCCAGAAGGGCGAUCAUCCAGGGAUAUUUCUGGCCAACGAUGAGGAAGGAUUGUGAGGAGUGGGGAAUCGACAUUGUGGGCGCCCUGUCGAAAGGAGUUGGACAGGCAAGAUGGAUAGUGGUGGCCAUAGAUUAUUUCACCAAGUGGGUAGAGGCUGAGCCACUUGCGGGGAUCACAGGGAAGCAAAUGAUUGACUUCGUGGGAACCAGUAUACUUUGUAGGUUUGGGGUCCCAAAGCAGAUUAUAUCCGAAAAUGGAACCCAGUUUGAGGAGACGGAGUUCCAGGAUUUCCUCAAAACUUGGGGGAUUAGCAUACAAAGGACAACUCCAAGCAGGGCCACGGGUGACACUCCUUUUGGCCUAGCCUAUGGGUUUGAAGCCCGGGCACCAGCUGAGACGGUGAUCCCAACCAGGAGAGAGACAGAAUAUGACCCGGAAGUGAACGAACAAAAUCAGGCUAUAGAGCUGAACUUCGUAGAGGAACGAAGGGAUGAAGCACGGAUCCAGGCAGAGAAUUACCGUCGCCAGGUAAAAUCUUACUUUGAUAGUAGGGUAAAACCGUGGGCGUUCCAGGUGGGGGAUUACGUCCUGAGGAAGCGAGAAAAGAGUCAACCGACCAAGGGCGGAAAGUUGGCCAAAAAGUAUGAAGGACCUUAUAUCAUCAAGGCCGUUGUUCGCCCAGGAAGAACAGCAAACAGACUUCGAGGGCUGAAGCUUAGUAUUCCACCAGCACAGAUCAAUCGAGCAAACAAACUUUGAGGGUUGGCGCUCAACUGAUCCAAGGUAGAUAAGAUUAUGCCUUAACCCGGAGGAACGGAGGUCAGGGGCAGAUGAGGUUAGCUCCCAUGGCACGUCCAAACCCUGGGAGAUGAGAUUUAAUACAAAGAAUUAAACAUGUUUGUACUUGCAUUAGAUGAUGUGCAAAGAAAUAAACAUAAAGGACUAUAUUGAUG